AUGGGCACCGACCCGCGUGCCAAGAUCGAUCUGGCAUUAUACCACCAAAGCAUCAGGAUGAUCUUAUACAGGCCAUGCUUGUGCCACAUUCUCGUUCCCAACGAAUCGGACUACAUUCGAGAGUUCAACCUCAGCGGCGCGAGGAGUUGUGUCUGCGCAGGAGUGGCAAUGGUCGAUAUUCUCCCAGAGGAUGCGUCUGCCCAUGAAGCGUACCAGCUGCUCCCGUGGUGGAAUCUGCUGCACUACCUCGGCCAAGCGCUCGGGGUCUUCAUCCUGGAACUCUGCCUGGACAUGGAGCACUUUGACGGCAUAGCCGCCCUCUUGACACCUCAGGUGCGGAAGGCCAUGUCGUAUCUCUGGUGUCUGACCGCGGGCUCCUUGUCGGCGUACAAGGCGUGGCGCAUAUUUCGGCAUAUGCUUUGGAUUCUCAGCCUCCGGGUCGAUAGUUUCGACGUCGUCGAUAUUCUACUCGAGGCGCACAUACCGACAGGAUGGACCGUGGACGACGAGGCCCUCUUGAUGGACACCCUCAGACCGAUAGGAGCCGAGCCAAUGAAGGCGAUGUAA